GGACACCCGUCUGGUCGUACGGCGGCAGGCGGGUGUCGGUAGUUAAUUUAGGUAGAAUGGAAGAAAAGAAAGGAUGCGGCUCAAGAUCGAAGUUAAUAGCCGGCGCUUAGCUACCUCCUUCCUGAUUUGCUUUGUCAAGCCCUCUUUAUUUACUCCACCCAACUUCACUUGUUAAUGUAUGGUUUCUGUUUAUAGCAUACUUAGAUAGCUCCAUUCACUUUCAUUCACUGCUUCAGUCGCAUCUGUGAAGGUACACUUGAGUAACUAGACGGCUGUGGAUGGAGAGAGGCAAUCUAGAGCCAUGGUCGAGGCAGCUAUAUAAACCCCCCUCACUUCGUUCUUCUCCUUCUUUCUCUCUUCGUUCUCUAUACCUUUCCCCCUGCAUUAUCCAUUCUUCAUACAGCAAAAAUACACUCCUUUUGUCCACUUGAUACUAGCACAAUGUCCAGACUCAUCAUCCGAGUCAACCCAGACUUUCUAAUAGACGGCGGCCCAGAGACCUCAGACCCCAUCCAAGCAGUGGUCCGCCCCCUCUCACACCCUGUCUUCUCCUCAACUAAGAUUCGUCUCUUCGGACCCCUGGGCGCAACCAUACCGCUCAGAGAGCUCCUAGUUACUCCAGACGAGGAUGUCGCAUCUAUAACCGUCACCCCCGAACAACGCAUGUUGCAGCCUUGGCUGCCAGAUCCCCGCUGCACGACGUACUAUACACCGUACUUACCGCGGGAUCUCACAGAGCCGCAAUUUAAAGUGAUGGUCCAGUUCCAUCGCUUCGCGAGGGGUGAGGAUGUGCUGCCGAACCAGCUCUCACAGCGAGCUAUACGAUACAUAUUAUCUGCAAACAACAAUUUACCUAACCCAUACGCACGCUUUAAUAGGCGAACACGGCGCUGGGUAUACACGGGCUGGACACGGGCUCAUUUCCUGGCAUUUUUCUCCAUUUAUCGUUCAGUUAUUUUGAGCUCGACCGUUGACGGGAGUGGAAUCCUGGAAUUGCGGAGCUUGGGGGAAUGGCUUUAUGCUGUGCCCCCUGAGGCGAUGGGUUGUGAGGAAUGGGAGAGCUUAAUUAUGGAGAUUGGAGGGCUGGACAAUGCCUUGACGGAUGAAGAGAGAUGGGAUGCCCGCCACACAAUUGGUGUUGAGGUUGUUAGUCGUGCAGAUGAGGCUGGUGAUGAUGACGCUGUCCCUGUUAUGAGAGCGAGGAAAAAGGAGAAGAAGGGAGGACAGAAGAAUAGGUUUGCUGCAUUGUGGAGGGGCGGGUAG